UUGAACUGUGCUUGCCCACUUUUCCUGAAGUUGUGGGCCGGUUUUCACGCUUCGAGUUGGGAGACACAAAGUUCUGGAGGGGUAUGUGAUUAUCUGCACGUUCGCUUUCAGGGUACAGGACAUGGCAACCAGCUCUUCCUCCCAAAGGAUUGGAGUUGUAGGAUUCGGACAUCUAGGGCAGUACCUGGUUGAGAGUAUCCUUAAAGAUGGAGCUGCUCUCGGUCUAACUCUGGCUUUUGUUUGGAACAGAAAUCCUGACAAACUCAAAGGUUUAGUUCCUGAUGAGCUCAUACUUGGUAAUCUGUCAUCCUUUGCAAACAGGCCAUGUGACGUGAUUGUAGAGGUGUGCCACCCACAGAUAGUGAAAGAAUUUGGGCUUCACUUCCUGUCUCAGUCUCAUUUCAUGGUGGGCUCUCCCUCCGCCCUCUCCGAUCAUGAUCUGAACCAGAAGCUGCGUCAGGCGGCCCAGAAGUAUGGUAGGACAUUGUACGUCCCCAGUGGUGCAUUAUGGGGAGGCCAGGACAUCCAGAGGCUGAAUGAUAGCGGGGGACUGAAGGCUUUGUUUAUAAGAAUGUCCAAGCAUCCCUCCUGCUUCCGGCUGACAGGGGACAUCCUCUCUGAUUGGACGGAGGGAGAGGGCCGACGAGUUUUAUUCAGUGGCUCGGUGGCAGAGUUGUGCCCACUUGCUCCAAACAACGUUAACACCAUGGCAGCAGCAGCAGUGGCAGCAGGAACACUCGGCUUUAGUGGUGUUCGGGGAGAGAUUGUGUCUGACACAGCGUUAAGUGACUAUCAUGUGGUGGAGGUGGAGGUGACAGGGCCUGGUGGCUUUUCUGUACACACAGUGAGGAGGAAUCCAGCCAGCCUUGGAGCUGUAACUGGCAGUGCAACAUACAACUCCUUCUGGAAUAGUUUACUUGUUUGCAAAGGUCACGGUGGCAGAGUUUACUUGUGCUGAAGCAGACAAGAACACUGCGGGAUUAACUACAACAUCACAAGAAGGCCCACUUCUAGAUAAAUUGGAUGGUUUAUAGUGGAUACGAUUUAUGAAAGGUGUCACUGGAUUAAUGUUACUUGAAAACCUAAAGACUCUUGGGUUUGUAUUCUGUAUAUUUGUGUCCCAAUAAACUGCAUGCAUACAAAGAAAGAAAAUCCAUUUAUCAUUUGUAAUAAUAUACUUAUAGGUAUAUAUAUUUAAACUUUAUUAUAAGAUCAUCUGGUGCAAGAUUGUAACAAAUGAUAAAACUUACAGGAAGUACACGCCUGGUAAAAACGUUUUUUUCCCUUUUCUUUCCAUAAUAGACAAAUAGUCCUGAUGUACUCCAAUUCCUUUUCCUUUUCCAGCACUGAUGUCGCCAUCUUGGGACACAGUCCCCAAUUUUUCCUCCAUCUGUCUGACCUCUAGUCCUUUCACAAAUAAAUACUUGCCAAAACAGGGAAACUCAGAAAUAACCAUGCCCACACAAGCACACACAGAGACAGAUAAAAAGGAGUGUGAGGUUAUUAAUGGAUAACGGAAGACGCUGAAAGAAAAUGUUUAUGUGUGUGUGUAUGUUCUACAUUUAAUUUCUAUCCUGGGAUGUUUUGUAGUAAACAAGGCAUUUGUAAGGAAGAAGAAAAUGCUACCAGGUGGACAGUUAUAUCUGAAGCAGUGGAUAGUCAGCACA